AGCUGUCGACGCUUGAACAGCUGUCUGCCCAGGUGUGGUUACUACACGCCAUUUAGGUAAAUUUUCCAGAGCUGUGUGGAAAACGGCGUUUAGCUAGGUUUUCGAAUUCAUGGAAAGGAAUAUUAUACAGAAGUAAAAAUGUAAUUAGCAGCAUAGAUAUAUGUUAGAUAUCAGAAAGAAAUACAUUAUUUAAAAUUGUGAAUUGCAAAACAUGAUUUCUGUCAGAAUGUCACAAAAAUUUGGGCGUAGUUUGAAGGGAUUUCACCAACACGCAUUAAUUUCUGAAAAACUUGGCGUUUGCAUUCGUACGCGGAACUUCUUUUCUACUGGAUUCAAAAAUGAAAAGAAUAAAAUGGCUGUUAGAAAUGCUUUGAAUGCCGCCUUAGACGAAGAACUUGAGAGAGACCCAAAAGUGAUUCUGUUGGGAGAGGAUAUUGGUAUAUUUGGAGGAUUAGAGCAGGUAACAAAAGAUUUAUGGAAGAAAUGGGGCGAUAACAGGGUUAAGGAUACACCGAUAACAGAGAUGGGUUUUACCGGACUUGCUAUUGGUGCUGCCAUGGCUGGUUUGAAGCCAGUAUGUGAGUUCAUGUCUUUUAAUUUCUCAAUGCAGGCAAUCGACCAGAUCAUCAACUCGGCAGCUAAAGCAUGUUACUUGUCUUCAGGGAUAUUUUCAGUCCCUGUCGUAUUCCGAGGACCAAACGGUGCGCUUUUGGGUUGUUCUGCAUCACAUUCACAAUGUUUUGCUUCAUGGUAUGGGCAUUGUCCUGGUCUUAAAGUUAUCUCCCCUUAUUCUUCAGAAGACUGCAAAGGUCUCCUAAAAGCGGCAAUCAGAGAUCAAAAUCCGGUGAUAUUUUUAGAGAACAAUUGUUUAUAUAAUUCGGUUUUUGAGAUGUCUGAUGAAGCAAUGGACACAGAUUUUGUUCUACCAAUAGGAAAAGCUAAAAUUGAAAGACAAGGUAAAGAUUGUACGCUGGUGUCAUUUUCAAAAUGUGUCGCACUGUCUUUACAAGCAGCAGAAGAACUUUCAGGCAUUGGUGUUGAAUGUGAGGUGAUCAAUUUGAGAACAAUUCGUCCGAUGGACGAAAAAGCUAUUUUAAAAUCUGUGAUGAAAACAAAUCAUCUUGUAACAGUAGAGGGGGGAUGGCCUCAGUUUGGUGUAGGAUCAGAAAUAUGCACAAGAGUGGUUGAAAGUCCGGUUUUUCACCACCUUAGGGCACCUGUUAGUAGAGUUACAGCAGCCGAUACACCUCUUCCAUACGCUAAAUCACUAGAAGAUCAUGCUUUACCACAGGUCAGCAAUAUAACAAGAUGUGUAAAGAGAGUCUUGAAAUUGGAAAAGGACUAAUAAUAGUCUUUGUGACUUUGCGAUCCUAUUGAAAUAAUAAAACUAGUAACAACCGAACUACUUCUAAUAUCAUUAAAAGUUUGACUCCCCCCGCAGUAAAUCAGCUUUCAAUGAUAACACUGUUAUGCCGAAACAUCGUACACAUUAUGAUAAAAGUCAACUUGUUACAAUGGUGCAAAAUUAAGAACUCAAUACUGUUACAUUCGUUCCAAAAAAUGUUUGACAUAUAAAACAUACUAGCAUCUUGCUUAAUAUUUAUUUAUAAUAUAUAUCUGUUAAAUCAUCAGUUAAAGCAGCAUUCCUCCAGAUUCACGCUAAUCAUGAAAAUUUUGAAAAUUUAUUUAAAAGUUAAUUAUUGUGGAGUGAACAAAGAAAGUAAUUUACACAUUGAAAAUGACACUUAGAAUCAACGUUAAAUACCAAAAAGACUUCAAAAUAUACACAAAUACCUCUUAUUGCGUUAUUAAUCGCACAUAACAUGUAAAUAAUUAAUGAAAUAUUGAAUCUCUUUUUAUUUUUCUUAAGAACUUUAAACAUUUUUUUAAAGAUUGAAAUUCUUUAGAUAUUUUGACUCAUCUGGGGGCGUGCGGCUUUAAAGAUAACUGUAUGAAUGGAAUGAUAUUUAUUAUUUACAAGGUGUGUUGUGAAAUCAAUCAAAUUAUGCUUGCUGUAAAUCAACUCAUUGUUAAAGUUAUUGUUUCAUUUGUAGCUGUUGUUUCUGAAUAUUUUAAUAUUGUUCGUAGGCCACGUUUAAAAAAUAGAUAUUUAAUGAUGUUAUAUCUUCAUGUGUUAUACCAUUUUUUAAAUAAAGACAUUAUAAUUAUUAUAAUUUUUAUUAUUAUUAUUAUUAUUAUUAUUAUUAUUAUUAACAAAAAUUGCCAACAAAGAAACUAUCUGUAUUUCAACAAUUUCUAAUUAACCGUAGCGAAAUAAACCAUGACAUUAUGCUUAAAGUAUAGCAGGACCAAUGCAAUAUAAUUUUUGAAAUGGAAAUGUAUUGUUAUCUCUCAAAAUAUCAGAAACAAAUGUAUCAACAUCGCUACAUAAAGGUGGUUGAAAUAACAUGUUUUAAUGUUGAAAUCUACUUAAGUGGGAUCUAGGGACCGUGGACAGUAACUUUCUUUACGGAUUUUAUUUCUCUCUUUUUUAGUAUUGACCAAUUAUAUUUCUUAUUUCACUUAUUUCUACGUGGGUAUUAUAAAUAUUUAUGUAGCAAACAUUAAACCUUUUUU